GUGAGAUUCGUCUCAUUGCAUCAUGUACAACGUAUAUUAGCUAGCGCUGGUUGGCGGAGAGUGACGACUACUUGAUAAAUUAAACCACCUGCGAGAAGUAGCUCUGAAACCACCAUCGCGAUCACUCUCGGCACCUCCUACCUGCCGAAAAGGCGAGAUUAGCCAUAUAUAUAGCGAGAGUGAGAGAGAGAAAGAGAGAGAGCGCUCAAAGAAAAAAAUGAGUGGGAGCUUUGCGAGCGGGGCCGGAAUCGGAGUAGGAGCCCAGUCUCAGUCUCCGGUCCUUCACAACGUCUUCGUGUACGGCAGCCUCCUGGCAGACGACGUUGUUAAGGUGCUCCUGAAACGAGUACCUCCAUCAUCCUCUGCCAUCCUCCACGGCUUUCAUAGAUUUAGCAUCAAAGGACGUGUUUAUCCGGCUAUUUUACCUGUGGAGAAUAAGAAAGUUACGGGAAAGGUCUUGUCUGGAAUCACAAAUCCUGAAUUGUAUAUUUUAGAUGCUUUUGAGGAUGUUGAGUAUGAAAGGAGAACUGUUGAGGUUUCCUUGAUGGAUAUUUCCGAGAAGUUACAAGCUCACACAUAUGUAUGGAGUGACAAAAAUGAUCCAGACUUGCAUGGAGAUUGGGUUUUUGAGGAAUGGAAACAAGUGCACAUGGAUGAUUUUAUCAAGAUGACAUCUGGGUUUGUGGAAGAGUUGGAGCUGCCUGAAUCAAAGCCAAGAGUUGCCACAUACGAAUCCUUUUAUAAGCAAGAAGGUUAAAUAUUCAUCCGCCUCUUGAUAUUAUAUUCGUAAUUUGUAAUUUCUGAACCGUGUUUACACUUCAAUGCUAUUUUACCACCGUCAAUGUUUUCAUGAUUAGAUUAAAUUUUCAUACAUUUUUCUCCUUCUCCAGAAUUUGUUGUUAAUAAAAAUACUUUCGUUGUAGAA